GGGCCCGGGCAGUCCUGGGACCCCAGGCCAUGGGUGAGCGAGCCCACCACGGGGCUCCCCUGUGCUCUGGCACCAACCCCAGGAAGUGCCAGGACCUCGGAGACUCAAUUCUCCUGAUUCUGGGCACCUUCAUCUUGCUCAACGUGGGGAUCAAUGUGGUGACUCUGCUCUGGAGGCAUUUGAAGAGCUCCUUGCGGAUCCUUUUCCAUCACUUUUUCCCCAAAGACAAGCCAGCUGGCUACAACCACCCUGCGUGCGUGCGCUGCUCCGCGGACCCCAAGAACCUGUGCUCGACAGUCUCUUCCCCCCGCUACCAUCGUCGCUUCCUGCUGGGGCGCUCUGAGCACCCCAGCUCCUGGGGACUGGACACACGUGAGAAGGCUUCCGGGUGCUGCUGGAUGCCGCCUCAGGCUGGACACGCCGGGGCUCCUGUGGACACUCCGUGGGGACUGUGGAAGGAAAGGGCGAUGGGAGCUGGGGAGGCCCCUCAGGUCACAGCCUUAAAGGCCCGGGCACCCUUCCUCUCCAGGCACGAGACGCCGUCCCACUUCCCCAGGAACGGGAGGGUGGACGUGGUUCCCCUCCACUGGCCUGAGAGCAAGACCAAGACCCCAGACUACCACUCGGCCCAGGCCCCGGCCCCGGCCCAGACCAGCUCCGCAGCCCGCACCCCCGAACAUUCCCCCCCCCAGGCCCAGAUGCACUCCCCAGCCCACACCCUCGAACGUUCCAUCCCCCAGGUCCAGGCCCUGGCCCACACCCCCUCCCCAGCCCACACCCCUGAGCACAGCACCUCCCAGGCCCAGAUGCAGACCCAGAUGCAGACCCAGAUCCAGACCCAGAGCCCCUCCCCAACCCACACCCUCGAACGUUCCAUCCCCCAGGCCCAGGCCCUGGCCCACACCCCGUCCCCAGCCCACACCCCUGAGCACAGCACCUCCCAGGCCCAGAUGCAGACCCAGAUCCAGACCCAGGCCCUCUUCCCAACCCACACCCUCGAACGUUCCAUCCCCCAGGCCCAGGCCCUGGCCCACACCCCGUCCCCAGCCCACACCCCUGAGCACAGCACCUCCCAGGCCCAGAUGCAGACCCAGACCCCUUCCCCAGCCCAUACCUCUGAGCACACCACACCCCAGGCCCAGACCGGCUUCCCAGCUCAUGCCCCUGAGCACAACCUCCCUCAGGCCAAGGUCCACUCCCCAGGCUUCACCCCUGAGCACGCCUCCACCCAGGCCCCUCCACCCUCCCCAGACUACCCCCCGGAGCACACCCAGCACACUGCUGCCCAGGCCCAGGCCCCUGAGCCCACCUCAGCCCAUUCUGCGGGUCGCAGCCCUGAGCACGUAAUAGCCCACGCUCGUGUAACCUAUACCUCUGCCCCAGCACCUCCCCCAACUUCUACCCCCGCCUCAAUGUCUGUCCCAACCUCAGCUCUGGUCAUGACCCUGACUACCGCUCCUAUCCCUGUUCCUAUCUCUCUCUCUGCCACCAUACCUACCCCCAUCCUCCCUCCUAUUCCCUCCUCACUGACUGCCUUCAGCCAAGGCCUCCCCACUGGCCACGUGGUCUACGAUGCCCGCAGGGCAAAGCAGAACUUAUGCAAUGUGUGUCCCCCCCAGAACUCUGGGUAUUCCAGAAAGGACUUGGGGACCCUCCCCAGGCCCCAAGAGGGGCAGGGUCCGGGCAGCUUUGGUGCAGCCGAGCAAACACCAAAGCAACAUAGCGGGGACAGCGCCAAGCCCUCCGCGGGAUCCAUACUGGGUUACCUGGAGUUGGGGAACAUAGAAUGGAAGACCUCAAAUGACGCCAAAGAUAAGUUCUUACAGCCCAAGGCCUUCCCUUAUUGCAUCUUCCGUCCCUGCAGUUCUGAGAAGAAACACACAGACUCCCAGACUCCAGUCUACCCCAAGUUCGUGGUCUACUCCAAGGAUGCUACCCCUUCACAACCUUGUGUUCAUUCUCCAACCGGUGGCCAGAGCCCACUGAGCGCUAUUCCUCCACCGUGCACUCUGUCUCUGCCUCUUAUGCUUCCCAAAUCCUUUGUCCUCCAUCAACCCUCCAACCACCAGAAUCCCCCAACCUCCAAGUCUUCUCCGUCCGCCCCCUCUUCCCAGUUUCCCAUCCCUCUCCAGCUCUCCAAGACGUUCCAUCCUCCAAUCCAACCCCCGGCCCCUGAACUUCAUGAGAGUCUGGGCCUCAACCAAAACUCUGACCUCCAAAGGACUCUAAUCCCUUCCAAAGACUCAAGAGUUCCCAGGAACCCAGGCCUUGCCCCAAAUCCAGGCCUCUACCAGAACCCUGGCCUUGUUCAAGAUUCAGGCCUGAACAAGCCUCCAGGCUUUCCCCAAGACCCUCAUCUCUACAAGAGUCUAAGCCCUUCCCAAGGUUCUGUGCUUCCCAAGAAUCUAGUCUUUACCCAAGAUUCUGGCCCCCAAAAGAGCCCAGGUCCUAUUCAAGAUGGAGGUAUCUUUAGGAGCUCAUGUCUCCCCCAACCUCCUGGCCUCCCCAAAAACACACCAUUUCCCCAAACGUCUGACAUUCAGAGGCGCUCAGGCUUUAUGCAGAACACUGGAGUCUAUAGGAAUCUAGAACAAAACCAAGAGGCUAUAUUCUAUAAAAGUCAAAAUUGCUCUCAAACAACUGGCCUCCAUAAUAGCCCAGGCUCUUCUCCAGAUUCUGGAGGUCAUAAAAGUACAGGUAAGGCCAAUGAGCCAGGAGUCUCUAGGAGACUUGGCCUUCCCCAAGAUUCUUGCUCACAUAAGACCCCAUUCCUUGUCCAAGACUCUGGAGUCAACAAGAGCCCAGACUUGGUCCAAGCCUCUGGGCUUCAUAAGGGCUCAGGCCUUACCCCAGACUCCGGAGACUACAAGAACCCAGGCCUUCCUCAAGAUUCUGGCGUCUACAGAAUCCUAGGCCUUACUCAAGAUUCUGAUCUCCAUAAGAAUCCAGGCCUCACACAAGCCACUGAAGUCAAAAGGAGAUGUAGCCAUACACAAGAUGUUGGCAUUCGCAAGAACCCAGAAUACACUCAAGACCCUAAAUUCCACAAGCACCCAGGAAUCCAUCAAGAUCCUGGCCCCCACAAGUGCCCAGCCCUUACCCAAGACCAUGGCCUCCCCAGGACUCAAAGCCUUACUGGAGAAUCGGGCCUCCGCAAGGAGUCAUGCCUUACCCCAAAUCCCGACCACCACAAGCACCCAAGCCUUGUUCUAGAUAUUGACUCUGUCCAGUUCUCAGGCCUACCUCAGACCCCAAAGUCAACACUGUCCUUGAUAAAGUCCUUUGUACCCGAGCAGGCUCCUCAGAGGGAGGGUCCAGAGCAGCACGUAUCUUGGACUCCUGUUCCACAUGCUCAGAACUCCUACUCUUCCAAGCCCCAGGUGAUCUACGGUGACCUGCACGCCUUCUCAGAGGUGCCCGUACUAAUCGAGCUGCAGCCAUCGUCCCGGCGAGCAGGCAGCCAAGACUGGGUGUAUCGUCCUGUGGACGCCACCCCUUCAGCUUGUCAGUCCUAUCGCCAGAUGUCUAUGCCUCCCAAAACCAACGGGAAGUCCUACUGUCCUGGGUUGGGCACCCGGGUCGGGCACGUGGUCUUUGAUGCCCGCCAAAGACAGCUGGGCAGGGACAAGUGUGAAGCUCUGUCUCCCAGGCGCAUUCGCCAAGAGGCACGCAGCAAUUCACCGGAGGCCGUCAGGGAGUGGGGGUAUCAGAAUGCAACGAGGACUCUGGAAAAAGAGGGGGCGAGGGUGCAUCAGGAAUAAAGAGGCAAGACGAG